UGCUGUUUUCUGUUUAUUUACGGUUAUGAUGGGACCUUUAUCUGUGCUCUGCCGAGUUUUCUAACCACGUACAUUUUGUAUAUUAAAUGAUUGCUUGCCUGUAUUUACUAUAAUGUAUAAACUUAUUGUACGUUAUACUUUUAUAAUGGCCAUUAUUGAUCAUUAAAACUGAUAUUCAGCUAAAGAGAGGGUAUGUUUCGUAUUUUAAAACUAAAACAUAUUAGUGUUAACGGGGCCUAAGUAUUAAACCUGUUAAAGUAAUGUUUCACAGCUUAGCUCAAUAUCUUGAUAAUACCAAAGCUUCCAAAAAUGAACGGGUUUUUACACCACAAUUGACAAGACCAGUACAGAUAAUAUAUGUCCCACAAUGCAAUUCAAAAGCAUAAAUAAACACACACAACAAACAUGAAACACAAAAUACGGGAAACUGCUGAUUUACAGAUUUUCUUUUACCAUUAUAUUGGAAAACAGGAUUAUAUGUUGUUGAUUUGCAGCUAAUGUGCUCUUUAUCUUUAGCCUGGCUAUCCUGAAGAGCUCCCAAAGGAAGUGGUGAUGAUGACCAUUUUGAGAGAUUCCCCCUGCCGGUUCCUCAUCAAACUCCAAGAGUGGUUUUUGGUGAAAGAGGAGAAAUUUCCAGACGGGGUAAGUCUGUUUAUUCAGCACAUUACAUGAAAUAUGCACUGUAAGAGGGUUUGUCUCGUUUCUUAUUGUUUUUUUUUAUUUUGUAACUAAAAAUUCUUAAAUCAAGAAGCAUUUCUGAACAAGAACAUAACUCUGUCUUAUUUUCAGAAGAGCUCGUGGGUUAUUAAUAUGCCGGUGCGGUAAGGGAAAUAAACUUGUUUCUACUUUAAAAUCUAUCCUGAAUGUAACUGGAAGCCAGUGUAAAGACUGACCUGAGGACUGCUGUCAUGUGCUUGAUUUUAAUUGAUUGCAUUUGCUUUCAGAGAACGAUCAAGUCAAUAGUGAUGGUGAUAGAGCAUCCCGGCCUGUGCAGAACUCUAGCAGAAUUCCUGAAGGAGCACCCACACCUGGAGAGGAGAGACGCUCGCACACUGAUCCAGCAGAUCGUGAAAGCGGCUCAAGCGUGCACGAGGAAGGAAAUUUGUCAUUUUGAUAUCCACGAUCAUAAUAUCCUGGUCAUCAGUCCGCCUCUGCACAUUAAGCUGAUAGAUUUUGGAUGUGGGUUGCACAUCUUCCAUGAUCCAGAGAAUCACCCACGGCCAGACACAGUGAUAUCUCCCGAGAGAGCGGAAAAAAGGACGAUGAAUCAGCUGGUUACCAUCGUGCAGGAUAUAGCAAGACAUUGUUCCAGCAUACCUACAGGAUUCAUGGAGUUUAUUGCUGCCUGCUGGUCCCCUCAAUAUGUUGUAGAAGAGAUCCAGCAUACAGUGGAUGAGAUUCUGGACCAGCCGUGGCUAAGAAACUAGUGAAAAUAAAGACUGUUUUAGUCAAUUGAUGAACAUGAGGAGUUUAUGCUUUCCAAGUGGUUCAGCAUGACGUAGAGCCCAUCAGAAGCAGGAAACAGGUUUUCAGACUUCCAUUUAUGUCACAUUGUUUUGCUGUUUUCCGCUUCUGCUUCCCAAAUUCUGCACUUCCUCCUGCGAGUGUUGCAGUCAGAGCUGCAUGUAAAUGAGGGCCGGUUUCAGUCUAGUCCACCAGCUCUCGACUGAAAGCUCCUCCUCCAGCCAAUCACGCGAGGAGGAAAGCUGAUGUCACUGUAAUGGCUCUUAUCCUAAAACAUAUUUUGUUGGAAUGUGGAAGUUUGAAUGUUAUUAGACUACUUUGAUGCACAUUUUUAGAAAGGUACCACAAAGAGUCUUUCAGUAUUUUAAAUCUUAAA